CGGAGGAGGGCGGGGAGCGGGGAGGGCGCGCAGGGUGCGCGCAGCCAGGGCGACGCGCGCAGGGUGCGCGCAGCCACGGGGCGGCCCCGCAGCUCCUCCCGGCUCUGCUAAACCGAGCCCAGGCAACAAAGCCCCCCCCUUUAACCCCCCCUUCCAACCGUCCCCGAUCCCUUCGUGCCCUCCCCGGGAUGUAGCCCAGGGCAGGGAGCUUUCUCCCCCCCCCCCUCCCCGACCCCCGGCCCCCGGCGCUCCAUGCCCCCGCAGUGAGCCGGGGGGAGCCGCCGGCCACCAUGGGGAAAUCCAACAGCAAGUUAAAGCCCGAAGUUGUGGAGGAGCUGACCAGGAAAACCUACUUUACGGAGAAGGAGGUGCAGCAGUGGUACAAGGGCUUCAUCAAGGACUGCCCCAGCGGGCAGCUCGACGCCGCCGGCUUUCAGAAGAUCUACAAGCAGUUCUUCCCCUUCGGCGAUCCCACCAAAUUCGCCACCUUUGUUUUCAACGUCUUUGACGAGAACAAAGACGGGAGGAUCGAGUUCUCGGAGUUCAUCCAGGCGCUGUCGGUCACCUCCAGGGGGACGCUGGACGAGAAGUUGAGGUGGGCGUUUAAGCUGUACGACUUGGACAACGACGGGUACAUCACGAGGAACGAGAUGCUGGACAUCGUGGAUGCCAUUUACCAGAUGGUGGGCAACACGGUGGAGCUUCCCGAGGAGGAAAACACACCGGAGAAAAGGGUGGAUCGGAUUUUUGCCAUGAUGGACAAGAACGCGGACGGGAAGCUGACGCUGCAGGAGUUUCAGGAGGGCUCCAAGGCUGACCCCUCCAUCGUGCAAGCCCUCUCCCUCUACGACGGGCUCGUAUAGUCCUGGGGCCGAGCGGCGAUGCCUGGGGGAAGAUGCUCUCCGUGCCAUCCGACCACCGCAGCGCGCAGCUUGCCUGUCCCUCUCCGGCCUUCCUUUUUGUUCCGCGAGCAAAGGAUGCACCUGAAGCGCGAGCUCACUCCCCCUCUCUGCACUCCGAACCAGCCGUUGCCAUUCGCCAACUUCUGCUUUUUCCAAAAAAAACCUGCAAAAGACCACGGUCUGAGCGGCGGCGAGCGCCCAGGACUUCGGGGCCGGGGGAAUGGGUCGAGUGGCACCGAAGGCAGAGCCCCUCCAGCCUCCUCGCCCCCUUUGCUCCUCUUCCCUACGUUUCGGGAGCAGACUGCGGAUGCGCCGGCGUGGUCCUCUCCUGGGAUCCGGCCGGCUGGAGACGGAGCCCAAAGGUAGCGGGGCGCCGGCACCCCGGGGUGCUGCUCGGGGAGCCGAGGCACGAACGGUGAUGGGGAACAGCCCUCGUGCCGCUGGCAGCCCAGCCCGGGUCCCUAGGGAUAUAUAUUAUUAUAGGAUUAUUUUAUUUUAUUUUUGUGAGACGGUAUCGUGCUUUUUUUCUUUCUUUUUUUUUUUUUUUUUUGGUGGAAAGAAGUGAGGCUUUUUUUUUUAUAUGCCUAUCUCGACGAUCGAUAUCUUUAUUUAUUCGUUGUAAAUGUUGCUGCCGUGUUUAGUCUCUCGUGUGUGUGUGUGUCCGAACACCUAGGUGAUGAUCUGUAAGGUUUACAUCCUCAUACACUAUUGCAGGGCAUCGGGAGCCUGCAAUAACGACGAAGCCAAAAAUCUGCCUUCCCCCCACCUCCGCCCCCUGCACGCCGUGUGCUGGCUGAUGUUUGAAGGGGGGGGGCGUAGCUUCUUUUUUCUUCCCAUUUGCCCCAUUUCCUGCAUUUUUCCCGUCUCCCUCCUCUUCGCCAGCUCAGCUGGGGGUCAGUUUGGGCAGCCCCUCCUGCUCCAUUGCUCUGCUCUCCGUUUUUUACCAGCUGGGCCUCCCCGCGGGGCAGGGCGAGGAGGCAGCCGGUGCCCAGCACGUGCUGCUUCGCCUCGUUUCCUUUCCUUCCUGCAUGAGAAGUAUUAACGGAGGGUUGGGUUUCUCUCCCAAGCCCAUUCCUUUGUCCCUAUUUUUCUUCGGGGAUGGUGGCAAGGCGUGCUUGCCCCCCGCACGGAGCUGGCUGCCCGUCAGCCGCGGGAGCAGCACCUCGGAUCGGAUGCGCCAGGUUCUGCUGCAAGCCAGGAGCGCAGCCCCAAAGCAAAAAAAAAAUGCCCUUCCAAAAAUGCUUUUCCCCAUCCCCGAGGAGAGCUGACUUUGUGCGCAGUACGGCCAGCAGCGGGUGCAGCCGCGGCCGGAUUUGGGGGAAGAGCUGGUGGCAGAGAGGAAGAGGCAGGGAGGAGAGCCCAAAACUGGAGCUUUGUGCACCGAAAGGGCUGCGGGAGCUGGAGCGCACGGGGCAGCCCGUGCCCACCACGGAAACCCACGGGAUCACCGAGCGCAAUCGCAAGCCCUGAGCCUGGGAGCCCACGGGAACGUCUCUGCCACCCCGAGGGUGCCCCCGUCCCGCUGCCGGGGGGCUCCUGGAAGGCGUCGCUCCCUCCUCGCCCUGGGAACUCCUUUUUUUUGAUGCUUUGUGGCCGAAACGCAGCUCCCUCCUGCAGAUCUCCACGGUGCCUCCAACAUCUCCAACCCCGACCCGCUGCGCUGGGCCCCCCCUGGUGCCAACCGAUGUGACACCACGAGGAUCGUCUGCUGGGAAACCACGGACCCACAGCACCUGGAAUAAUUCCCAGGAAAAUGCAAAUAUUUGCUCUGUCACUUCCCCUGGAAGACUUUUUUUUUUUUUUUCUCCUUUUUUUUUUUUUUAAUGCCUUUUGCAUUGGCUUUGCCCCUCCCAGCCACUGCCGUGCUUCAGCUCCGUCAGCGCUCAUCCGGGUCAGACCCAGCGAGCUCGGCCCCUCGCCGAUUUUUGGGGAGAACCUGCAAAGCAAGCGGGGUGUGCAGCCAGCGAGAAGGAGUUUCCAACCCCCAAAAUACCAAAAUUCAGCGUCCGCCCAGCCAGUGCGGAUGGGGUGGGAUGGAGCAGUCCCUCGGCCCCCCUGGCCCCCUCUCAUCCUUUUCUGAGCAUUUGCACAUUUGAGAAAAAAAAAAAAAGGAACAAAAAUUGGGGUUUUGCCUGCAUUACAGAGCUCUUUGCUGGUUGAUGAGGACCCUGCUGGGGGAUGAGGGGAAGUUUUCCCAGGGGAAGGACCCUCCUGCAGGGCCGGGGCUGGCUGUUGUCCCGCUGUGGGGUCUGUCCUGCCCCCUUUUGGCACGCUGAAUGCCCCAGAGCAGAUUAUUUUGGCCACAGCACCCAGACCUGGCUGCAGAUGUGGGACCCCGGCUUGGCAACACCUCCACUCUCUCCUUGGGGCCCCCACCUCCUCCUUGAGCAUCACCGGGACGCGCAGCUCCUCGGUACUGCUGCAAAUACGGCUUGAAGCUCCUCCUGCUUGGAAAUGUUGGCCUUAACCUCCUCGUGCCUCAGUUUCCCCAUCACUGACAUCGGCUGAGCCCCGGAGAGCGGCUGGGUGCUGGGCCACAGCCACGGGGGUUCGGCAAGAAACCCACCCGCGUGGAGCUCCAGGAGCGGGGCAGGAGCUGCUGGGUCGGAGCCGCCACCACGAAAUAAUUAAUUUCAGUCCCUCAUUUUCAACCCGAUCAUCAUCCCAACCAAGCAGCCGGCAGGAGCCCCCCCGUUCCGGGCCGCUCCCUGCGCUCGGUUUUGCGGCUGAAAUGACACCGGGAAGGGGGACCUGAGGCAGAGGCGUGGGUGUCCCCGUCCCCCCCCCGGUGACUGCAGCGUGUGUGUGUCCCCCCCUCAUUUGUCCCGUCAGUGUUGCCUGAUUAAACGCAGUGUCUGUGCUCCCCUUCUUUUCAGUCCUCUGUUCGCGCGCUGUCGCUGCUUUGUGGCCGCCUUUCCCUGUGCGCUGGGGCUGGGCUGAGACGUUUCCUCCUGGAAAAGUAGGGUUUUGGGGCACAGCCCCCCCCCCCAGCCUCUGUACCAGGGCACGAGAGAGAGAAGCGAGGUGGGAGUUUUCCUCCGGAGCUGCCCUUUAAGCGCUGCAAUCGGGUGCCCCCAGGAUUGCUCCCGGAGAGCUAGAGGGGGACCCCAGCCCUGUUGGUGCCAGGGGUGCAUCCUCCCCACCCUGAGCUGGGGUGUGAAAAGGGUCCUGGGGGGUCUGAUCCCUGCUUGGGGCUGGACCAGGGGUUUUGGGGUCGGCUGCAAGGCUUCUGGAGCUGCUCUCGGGUGGGUUUGGAGGGGACGGGCGGUGACCCGCAGCCGGCACGGUGGCACCAAGCAGCUCACCCGCUCCCUAUGUAAACUGGGGGGGGCUGGGGCCUUUUGGACACCCCUCCUUCUGCCAGGGCUUUGGGGAGGCUGGGGGCAGGAGGUUUGGGGUGAAUUUUGGGGUGAAGGAGGGAGCUGCCAGCCCCCGGUGCACCGCAGCAGCUCGGGGCUUGCCGCGCAGGGUCCCCACCGGGGUUUUGGUGGCACGCACAAGACCCGGUGCUGCAGGAAAACCCCCCUCCCUUCUCUCUCUCCAUUCGUGUGGCCACAAGCCCUGCCCCGAGAGGCAGCCGAGCUCUGGGCUGAGAAGCAGCAGCUCCAGCGAAGAGCCUCGUUUGUCAAGGUGAAGCCUGUCUGCGCGUCGUCCGUGCCGGCCGUCCCGGCUUGCAUGCCCUGCUGCCUUGUCUUGAGAUGAAUUCAAGAGCAAACCGAGCAAAACAACCGGUUCCAACAACAGACAAAAAAAAAAAAAACAAAAAAAAA